AUGUCAGCUCCUAUACAAUACUGUCCUAAUUGCACUAAGUUCACUCAGCUACUACCACAAGAAUUCACACGCCCUCUUGAGACGGUCCCGGCUACGGUGUUAGAGGUUCCGAAAACGAAGGCAUCGGUUAUCAUGAAAACGCUGUCGCGGAGGAGUCCUUUGCCGUCUACCAUGUCUCAUCUCAAGCGGGUGCGGCGGCAUGCAGAUAAGGAAGGAAUUUUGGAAGUGGUCGUUGGCCCACAGCACUGCGAAGUUCCCUUUGAAGAUCUCGACGUGCGACUGGUUGACGUGCCCAAGUACCCAGCUUUUACACGGGAACAGUUUCAAGAGUGGAACCAAGUGUGGCCGAUGGUCUGGCGGCGACCAGCUCUAGAGAGGAGCGACACGAAACUCAACAACCCGGGCAACAGCCGGCGGAAGGAAAUCCUGCACAUGAUGGAAGCAGCUGGUCGGAAAAAAGUGAUCAUAGUGUCACCGAAUGGCGACGUCAUUUCCGAGGCUGAGGCUGAUGAUAGGCAUCCAUUGAGACAUGCUUGUAUGGAAGCUAUUAAUGAGGUGGCUGCAGCAGCGACUCCCCUCCCUGCAGUUCAUAGUGGUAAACGACCGCGCUCGCCCGAGGGGUCUGCUGAUGGAACUCUGUCGGACAUCGAGAGAUCGAGCUAUCUUUGCACUGGUUGCAGCGUCUUCCUUUUCACAGAGCCCUGCAUUAUGUGUGCUAUGGCUCUAUUGCAUUCCCGAGUUGCGGAGGUAUAUUUCUCUAGCGGAGCGAAGUGUGCCGGCUUUGGUGGUUUUCUCGACCUCGACCCUCCAUUGCAUAUCAAUCAUCGACUCAACCACACGUUUACUGUCAUGCAGGUCACCAACAAGGGGUGCUGCGAACUGUGUGCCUCACUCCCCUCGAAAAAUUGA